CCACGCUGUUGUUCCUUGAAUAUCCGCUUUGUUCUAAUUAUAGCGGCAAAACCCCUUCUCUACACCCAAACCUAUAGAUACAGACCAUAGAUCAUAUAUUUUAUAAGAUUAGAAAAAUAUAUCUCUUGAAUUAUCAAUGGCGGCUUCUGGCUCAUUUCUCACUUCUUUGCAGGUUGUUGUAUUGUAUUGAAGGAGGGGAUGGAAGAGCCAGGGCAGCUGAAAAGGACUUUGAUUGAUUUGACAGCUGGUGCAAUUUCUGGUGCUGUUUCGAGAACUAUCACAUCGCCACUUGACGUAAUUAAGAUCAGAUUUCAGGUUCAAUUGGAACCCACAACACAUUGGACUUUGCUUCAGCGAAAUGCAUAUGGUCCAUCAAAAUAUACUGGUAUGCUGCAAGCAACCAAGGACAUCUUUAGAGAGGAAGGCUUACCGGGCUUUUGGCGUGGUAAUGUACCAGCCUUGCUUAUGGUUAUGCCAUAUACGGCAAUACAAUUUACGGUGUUGCACAAGAUCAAAACAUUUGCUUCUGGUUCUUCCAAGUCAGAAGAUCAUAUCAAUUUAAGUCCAUAUCUUUCUUAUGUUAGUGGAGCAUUAGCAGGUUGUGCUGCCACUAUUGGAUCGUAUCCAUUUGAUCUGCUAAGAACCGUUUUAGCUUCACAGGGUGAGCCAAAGGUGUAUCCAAACAUGAGGUCGGCAUUUGUUGGGAUAGUUGAAACCCGCGGCAUCCGAGGGCUGUAUGCUGGAUUGGUACCUACAUUGGUUGAGAUAGUUCCUUAUGCCGGGUUGCAGUUUGGAACCUAUGAUACAUUUAAACGCUGGGCAAUGGCUUGGAACCGGUAUAGAUCUACUGAUGCCAGCCAAGCAGAUGAUGCACUUUCAAGCUUCCAGCUUUUCCUUUGCGGAUUAGCUGCUGGAACAUGUGCUAAAGCUGUUUGUCAUCCACUCGAUGUAGUUAAGAAGAGGUUUCAGAUUGAAGGACUACCAAGAGAUCCAAGGUAUGGAGCUCGGGUCGAGCAUCGGGCAUACAGAAAUAUGCAUGAUGCCCUGCGUCGAAUUUUACAGAGAGAGGGUUGGGCUGGACUUUAUAAGGGCAUCAUUCCAUCAAUUGUCAAAGCUGCACCUGCUGGUGCCGUAACAUUUGUUGCUUAUGAAUUUACAUCGGAUUGGUUAGAAUCAAUUUUGAGUUGAAUAUCCCUGUUUUUGCUUUUCCGGUCUCUUUUGCUUUCUUCCACAUUUCAGUUUUGGUCGUUCUUUUGUAAUUUGUAUUUGAAAGGCCCCCCCAUGAAGAGGAGGGGGGAGUUGUGUGCUUUAUGAGUUAAGGGAUUAUUCAGAGGCAUAGUUGUUACCAGCAGAGAAAAUUCAGUAA